UUAUGUCAAGUGAGUACUUUUUGAGGUUAUGUUGUCAAAAUAAAUUUGUAUCAACAAUAACAAUCCCAGAUGUAUUAAUUAAAAAUCCACAGUAACAAUUUUUUAAACAAUAUAAAAAUGCCUCCGCACCGUAAAUUUUACAACUGUGAACUGAACAUCGAAAAUUACCACUGCAAGAGGUGCAAUUUCCAAGCAGCUUUAACCAUAUUUCUCAAAAAACACACCAAAAAGUGCUACAAAACCAUUUCAGAGAAUGGUCCGAACGAAAUCUACACCGUUAAGAGUUACAUUUGCAAGAACUGCACUUUUGAAACAUACUUUCCACUAAAAUGGCUCCAACAUACGACAACGUGUACCCCAAACAACGGAAACAAAGUCCUUCAUUGUGACCAGUGCCCCUACAAAUCAAAAUUACCAAAGUCGCUCGAAAUGCACAAAAUACGCGCCCACUUCAACAAAGACUCGCCAAAAAACGGCAAAAAAGACGGCAAGUGGUACAAGUGUGACCAGUGCGACUUCAAAACCAUGUACAGACACCUGCGGGACCACAAAAUCACCAAACAUCUAAAAGACGACGAAAUCCAGUGGCACGAGUGCGACGACUGCGACUACAAAGCCAAAAAUAAGAGGUAUCUGACGCUCCAUAGACAGAUGCACCAUGUGGACCCGACACACAUUAAAUGGCACCAGUGUGAGAAGUGCCAAUUCAAAACCAAACGAAACCACACGCUCAAACUCCACAUAAGCACUCAGCAUUUAAGCGACAGCGAAACUGAGUGGUUUCAGUGUGACAAGUGUCCGUUCAAAACCAAACUGAAAGUGUACUUGAAGAGCCACGUGGGGACGCUACAUUCGAACAAAAAGUGGUACCGGUGCGAAAAGUGUUCGUACAAAACGCGCCACGAGAAUUUUUUAAAUGAUCACACGACGACGGUUCAUGCUGAUGAAAUGGAUGUAAAGUGGUAUGAAUGCAGCCAGUGUUCGUUCAAAGCAACGAAUAUAAAAUAUUUGAAAAGCCACCUACGUAAUAUACAUUUAAAUGAAAGCGAAAUCGUGUGGUGGAAUUGUGACAAAUGUGUUUUUCGAAGCAAGUAUAAAAGUGCGUUGAAAAGACACAUAGUUAAUAAACACUUAGGUGAUAGUGAAAUUAAGUGGAAUCAGUGUGACAAGUGCACUUAUAAAUGUAAGGACAAGUUUAGUUUACAAAGCCACGUGAAACUGAAACAUGUGAAUGAAGGCGAAGUUGAGUGGUUUCAGUGCCAAAAGUGUCGUUUUAGGACGAAGCGAAAGCAAAACUUGAAUAAACAUUUAAUUAAAACACAUGCAACUGAAUGA